AUCUCACUGCGGAGUGGCGAGUGGCGAGUGGCGAGUGCGAGAGAACCAGAGAUCCCCGUAAAAUCCUGCGGGACUCGAGCGGACCAAACGGCUCCCAAUUCGAACAUCUGGAUGACUUUCUCGCUUCUCCGCAGCUUCAACGCCCUCAAACCAUCAUCCCACAUCCUCCUCCCCCUCCCAAGAACCGUCAAGUCGACCUACCGGGCCAUGUCCUCCGCUACCAACCUCCGUUUGUUGUCGUGGGACUGCGCCGAUGACCCGCUGGAUUUCGGCGCGUUCGCCGGCGCGGCGUUCCUCCCGCUCCAGCGGCGCACGGCGAAGCGGACACGCGCGGUGUCGCCGGAGGCCGUUCAGGCGCGCGCCGUUGGCGAGCGGCUCGGCGGCGCGGCGGAGGGAGAAGAGAAGGCGCGCGCCGCCAAGAAAGGAAAUUCAAGUAAUCAUUCGGAUAAGAAGACUGUCAAAAUAAUGACAUACAAUGUAUGGUUCCGAGAGGAAUUGGAACUGAUUAGAAGGAUGAAUGCUAUUGGAGAUCUUAUUCAGCAUCACAGCCCAGAUCUUAUAUGCUUCCAGGAGGUCACUCCAAACAUUUAUCUGCUUUUUGAAAAAUCGGAUUGGUGGCAAGCAUACAAAUGCUCCUUGCCGCAUGAGGUGGCCAUGCAAAGACCAUAUUACAGCAUGCAGAUGAGCAAGUUGGCUGUGAAGUCAUUUGACCGCAAACCAUUCUACAACUCAAAAAUGGGACGGGAGUUGUGCAUAGCUGAUGUGAUUGUUGGAGGUCUGACCAAGCUGGUGGUGGCUACAAGCCACUUUGAGAGCCCAUCCCCUGGACCUCCUACUUGGGACCAGAUGUUCAGCAAGGAAAGAGUAGGCCAGGCAAAUGAAUCUGUGAGGACUCUGGGUGCCUUCCGCAAUGUGAUAUUCUGCGGGGAUACAAACUGGGAUGACAAAGGAGAUGGGCCCUUCCCCCUACCAGAUGGGUGGAUCGACGCUUGGGAUGAGUUGAAGCCAGGCGAAAAUGGCUGGACCUACGACACGAAAGCUAACGUCAUGCUAUCAGGUAACCGUAAGCUGCAGAAGAGGCUGGACCGGUUCAUGUGCAAGUUGUCGGAUUUCAAGGUCAACAGCAUCGAGAUGAUCGGGGAGGAGGUGAUACCAGGUGUCACAUACGUCAAGGAGAAGAAAGUGCGCCAGGAGAUUCAUCAGCUGGUGUUACCUGUCUUACCCAGCGACCACUUCGGGCUUGUUCUGACUAUCAGCUCAGUCUGAGAAGAUCUGAUCGAAUAUGGUCCAGAAACUACUCUUGAUGUACCAUGUAAUGGACCUCAUUUUGUAUAUAGGGUAGGAUUAUAGGAGUAGCAUAUCCGAAGUGUGUCAUGGAUUAGUCAGUGAUUGGUUGAUGCCGAAUGGAAAUGGCAGGCCUAUGAUCAUCCUGGUGCCCCCCAAUUUUGUCUAGUUUGGUGAAGGAGGCACCCGUUUUGUGUUAUGUAAAUAUGUCUGCUUGCUUAUUGCUUGACAUAUCGAUAUGUUGCUUCACUGCCUUUCA